GUGUAACUAGCACCACGCGAUGACUACAGGUUGAAGAAGUGGGUGAGUGAAGGGAGACAGAGAUCAAGGAGAGGAGAGACUGUCACACGCCUCACACACUGGAGUUUGGAGUCACUGUUCAGCCCAGAAAGAAGGCAGAGUGUGAGCGGACGGGCCGGGGUCUGCGCAGCUCCCCAGCCUUCUCUGCCCGUAAAGUGUGCUGAGCGCUGCUAGACUCUGCGCUGCCUGUGACUCUCGGCUCCCGUCUCCCACAGCCAAAGAUCCCCAGACUGAGAGAGAGACACCGCUACAGUCAUGAGGCUUUCUCCUGUGUCGGCUCCACAGCGUAACUCUUGAGGUCUUCUUUGCUCCGGUGCCACAUCUGCAGUUCACAAUGAGGGUGAAGAGAUGAGCCUACAGCGAGCAGCCCUGUCCCUGCAGUUCCUGCCACUGGACUUUUACUGAUUCCUACAAUCCAGAUGACGAUGUCCCUGUUUCCCAGAUAGCACUUCUGCGGAUCAGGCCUUCACAGCACGCAUUGUGCACCAUGGCAGGAGAGACUCAGCGAAUGCAUGCAGUCAAAGAGCUGGACGCUGAGUCCAAACUGCAGGAUGAGGGGACGGCCCUGGAACAACAGAGUGACACAUCCACAAAGGAGUCUUCGGAGCACUUUUCAAGCACAGGCACUGAGACCAGAGCCAGCAGCAGAGGGGCCAGAGUUGAAAAACUAGAGAAGAAAAGGGACUGUCCUCAGCAGCGUGAGGCUGUCAUACGGCCGCAGCAGGCAGGGAAGAUUGACUUCAGAUCACUGCAGAACAGAUCGAAAUUUGCCACUGAAAGGACUUGGUCGAGUGGCAAAGGCAGUCCCCAGUCCCCGAGUGGAAAGGGCCGCAGCCGAGAGAAGGGGAAGCGGUCAGGAAAGACAGAGCGCAGCAACCCGCAGCAGCUGUACAGACUAAGCAUUACAAAUCCGCGCACCGUUGGUAUUGCCUACCCACAGCAAAAGGUUUUGCCACCCAAGAAGUUGGAAACCAGUCGUGGCCCAGUCUCGGGCAGCUACAGAUUCCACGUUCCUAGUAUACCAGAGAGAGAGGCCGAACUCCAGCAAGAAGAGCUCAACUUCAGCCGCUGUUUCCAGGAGACCUCCUCUAACCUUACCUCCCCAAGCUAUACCUCACAGGCACUGGGUUCCUCAAGUGGAACAUCAACGCACCCACAUCCACCCCUGUCACAGCAGCAGCCGACAUCGAUGGAGAACAACUGUGUACAGCCUGGGAGCCAGCUGAUUCUGGCUGACUUUCAGCUGAGCGCAUCUAAUACAUGGCCGUCUCCUGAAAGGACUUUUAACGGUGCUAACUUUGGGGUUUCGUCACAAAAAUCCACUGCCCUCUCAGAAGGCAAUAAGGCGAGCGCCUUUGCACCUGGUCCAUUCCAUUAUGGAUAUCAUUUAAUGGAAGAAUCAGCCUCGGACUCUUUUCCCUGUGAACAGAACCCUCAAUCCCAAGACUUUACAAACUCCUCUUUAGGUUCUGCUCAUGUAACUCAUAGCUCUUUUUCCUUUACAACCGGAGAAGGACAAAACAUUGCUCAGAACAGCACUCAGUUCGGUAAUGAACAACAGCAAGAGGAUCGAAACUCUUAUCCUCACCCCCCACCGUCACAGUUUAUUCAAGGGGUGGCAUCAUCCAUCCAGUGUCCUAGGAAUCUUAGCGAGGACUCAGCCAGCAGUGACAGCUCUGGCUCCAGCUCACAGCAGUCAGAACAAGGGAAGACUGCCGUGCCUGAGAGCACAGAGACUAUUGGACAGGCAGACAGCAGGGAUGUAUCCAUCACCUCGGGGAAUAAGAGAAACUGUCACCUCAGAGACACAGCUGCCAACCAAAGAACUCUGAUUCAAGGAAGUGUGCAUGCAAGAAAUAUUUCACAAGGUCCGGGCUCCCCAAUGCACUUUCCCAACAAAACAUUUAACAACCCUCCAGUCAGUAACAUUCGCACAGGUCCAAUGCCCUUUGAUAAAAAUAUCAACAAUAAGAUUCUGAACAGGUUACCGCCACACUCAUGGGAGGGGACUAAUAAAACAUAUUCACCAGCUGAUCAAAAUACAAUUCAGUUUACUGACAUGAAUGAUAAGUUUACGUUUCAAAACCAACCAGCACUUGACCAGAGGCCAAAUUCAUCUAAGAAUAGCAGAUUGUCCUGGCAGAUACGCCCAACUACUGCCGUGCCAAACCACAACAGAACUGAGCUAACCAGGCAAAUAAGUAAUCAAAAGCUGGCUUACAUAGUCUCCCCCUCUGACUGGCAGGAUGAUAGUAAAUCACCUAAACAUAGCUCCUUGAAAACCCCCGGCUCAUUUUCUAACCAAAGACAGGAGACAGUAAAGCACAACAGUAAUACAGUCUCAACAUUUAAAGUAGAGAUGAGCCAUGCACAGGUGUGUGAGUCCAAAAACAAGACGGUAUUCUUUGGACUUAACCAGUCUCUUCCAACAGCGCCAUCAAGAAACUAUAGCUAUCCACCGUUACAGGUCCCACCUAUGGGACUUAUGAUGGUGUCACCUUAUGAAUCCCCUUUGCCCUCCCCAGUUCACAACCCUGCAUCUAGUAGCACCUGUUCUUCAGUCUCGCCUGCAUCCACCAGCCCUGUUAAUAUCAGUUCGGAGGAUAGUCAGAUGUCAAAGUCGGCCCCGCCUCACUCGUUCUAUCACCAGUCCCAGGGCAAGACGCCGUUACCCUCGGAUCACCUGAACACUCACCCGCACCAGUUUCAUUCUGAUGCAUCUCGAAACCUUCCCUACGCACCAGAGAGAGCCAAAGAUGACAUUAUGGGCUACCUGCAAAACAGCUCACAUCCAAAGACAACUAUGGAUGGAAACAAAGGCUUCGUGGACAGUUUAUGGGUGGAGCACCACCAGCCUCCACCACCGUACGCUGCACAUCAGCUGUUAGCCUCCUCGUUAGCCACCGCAAAUCUGGACCAGUUAGAUGUUCUCCUCACAUGCAAACAGUGUGAUCAGAAUUUCAUCAACGUGGCUUCGUUUUUAUGCCACAAGCAAUACUGUGCUCAACAUGCAUUUGCACAAACUGACCCCAAAGACAUAUCAAAGAUGGAGGACAACAGGAAGUUCCAUGCGGAACCGACCAAAGCAGUGUCAACUGUGUCAAAUGUUUCCAUGCCGAGGUGUCCAUCUGACCUUCACCUGUCUUUGUUGGGCCUUAAUAAAAAUGGAGAACUGAUGCCUGACAGUGAAACGAAAGACAAUAAAGACGAUCCAAUGAAACUCAACUUGUUCUCCGGUCCUGGUAACCUCCCUGUCUCUCUGCCUGAGGAAAUGGAAAUGGAAGAUGCCAAAUUGGACAGCCUAAUCACAGAAGCUUUGAAUGGACUGGGAUAUCAGUCAGACAAUGCAGAGAUAGACAGCAGCUUUAUUGAUGCAUUUGUCGACGAUGACCUCACCACUGUCAAAACAUCGUCCAACAAACAAUGUCUGAAAACCAAAGAAUCCCUGGUCUUUGAGAGCAAAAAUAAACAAGCGGCUGAUGACAGGACUUUCACACAGGGCAAGUAUUUUUAUGACUCUGAUGUUGAGAGCCCUGAGAAAAUGUCUCUGAAUUUGGAACAAGAUGAGAAAAUUAAGAUAAAAAAAGAAGUCUCUCAUAAAAAUUCAAGAAUUGCCGCAAGGGAGAAGACAUGGGAACAAGACAGCAAAGCGAAAGAGGCGAAGAAGCAGUGCAAGGGCGAGGAGGAAAACACAAGCCCACAAAGGCUUCUCUUAUCCAGCAAGUUUUCUGAGCGUUGCGGUGUUAAAAGCUUUCAGGACAACUCUUCACUUCGGGGGUCAGCGCCCUCGCAGUCCUCCACAUCUCCGACCUCGAGAACGGCAGUGAAAGAGAGCAAAAGGAAAAGUACUGGUGGCGGCACCUGGAGCAAAGAACUUAUUCACAAAAUAGUUCAACAGAAAAAUAAGCUCCACAAGCUUCAUGUUAAAGGUACCAAAAACCUCCAGUUCUCCUUGGUGAUGGAGAGACUGACUCCCACCGUGCAGAACCCCGCCUUUGGAGAGUACGACUAUGUCUCAGACUCAGAUGAUGAUUGUGAGCCUGUAAAGAUAGCAAGCCAGGGACGACUGAACCAGAGUAGUCGGUGUAAAUACACCUACACCAAAGAGUGCAAAUGGCGAGCGAGGAGCGAGAGGGACCAGGCAGCGUGGAGACACGAGUCAAAGGAGUGUUUUGAGAUGAAAAAAAGUGAAGAAGUUUCUCUAUCGCCCGAGAAACACAGCUCUCACCAGAGACUCAGGAGGAGGGGUAGCAGGUCAUCCACAAGCAGUGAACUCAGCACAUCUGUGAGUGUUUCAAGUGAUAGCAUCAACAGCCCCAAAAGCACUGACCGCACUGACUCAGACUGUGAGAAGAAGACAGAGAAAAAGAAAGAGUCUUCGGAUCAGAAAACACGUGAAAGGUCCCCACCGCAGAAGUUGUUUAAGGAGUCCAGCACACUAGCACUGACAUUCACUAAAUCUGUCAAGAAGUACAAUGCUGACAGAAGCGUUCAUUCUGAUAACAAAGAGAGCACCGAGGAUCCAAAGAAAUAUUCAAAUCCAGAGGAUGCCGAUCCAGCGCCAUCUUCCCAAAAAACGAAAGACACAAUGAAAAACUCUGAAAAAAGCAGGAGCUCUCAUGCAAAAUCACAAGAGAAACUCGCGUCUCACAGAAAGGAAACAAACACAACAGUCAGCUCAGACAGAAACACCCUACAGAGAGCAGACAAUCUAUCCCACAAAGAGGAGCCAACACAGUGUAGCAGUGCAGAUAACAAAACACUACAGUUUGAUUCACACUCCCCCACCAUCGCCAAAGAAACUGACUUCAAUAUUGACAGAAUCACAAAGGGCAAAAGAAGAGAGGGGCCUCAGGCCGCGCAGCCAGAGCUAUCAGACAGCACCACAUUUGGAAAACAGAGUGACAGCGUGUGCAUGGCGAAAGAGGCUAUUACUUUAGUCAGUGACCUAGACACACACAAGCCUGCGUCUCUGUGCACCUCUCUGAUGGAUGAGGUGUGCCUAUCUGCAAGUGAAAGCCAAAGCCCGCUCAUACAAAAAGACACGCUCCACCUCAUGCCCUACCCUCUGGAUCAGGAGCCAGGGCUCAUGAAAUCCCCUCUUACAUUUGACACCUCAUCAAUGUUUGGGGACCUCACAGGAUUUGACAGUGGCAUUUAUUCAGAGAUGCCGAUUCAGAAAGAGGGUUUCCAUUCAAUAGAGAACACGGCUGAUAAAAAAGAGGAGUUUGUGUCAUCUUUCUCCCCUUUUCUGGAACAAAGGGACUGGAAUCUCAUAGUUAGUCCUGUGCUACCCGAUGAGAUAUCUCAGUACAAAGGCAACUCUGAGAAAUCAGAUGAAAAGAAGCCAGAUUAUAAUCAUGUUCCUUUGUCUCUGCCAGAAAAAAUAAUUGACUACAGUGCAAAUCUCAACAGCUGUGCAUCGGAGGAUGAGCUAGAGAUAAAGAGAAUAGUGAAUGAGCUUGAAAACCAGCUGCAGACAACUAAGCUGGAAAGCCCACCCUUACUAGUUCAGGAUGUGACCAAGCAGCUGCAAAUGAGCAAGUUUUCACCUUUACGGCUGGGUGAUGAGUCAGAGAGUGCAAGCGCCGGUUUGAAUAUGAAAUGUCCUGCGCAAACAAUAGAUGUAAGAGUUUCAAAUGUGCCUUUCACAGAACCAGGACUCCCAUGGCCAAGUGCGUUCCAGUUUGAGCUAAUGGAAGAACACCACGGCCCCGACUCUCCAAUUCACUGUGAACCAGGGGCACUUGGUUUUUGCGAGAAAGAGGGUCACGCAGCAAACCUUAUCCCCACCGCUUCAGUGGUCGAUCGCCCGCAGCUCCUCAGCGACCAAAAAUCAGAGGAGAGAAGUGGUGAAAAAGAGACUCCUGCAGAGACAAAGGAGGACAUUUUAGAACAGAAGAGAUAUACAGAAAAUCUCAUGAAAAGCCUGGAGGUGAUUUCCGACUCUAUAUUCAAAAAAGAGCCCAUUAUAUCAGUACGCACGCAGCCGAAUGUCAACUCUCUCACAAAUCAGCAACAUCAAGAAACUGAAUGUCAGGCAACUGAUGCGUCUGAGAGAGAAGAUCGCACUGAAAAGGAAGCAAUUACCGGAAAGGAGAAUAUAUUAUCACCUGCAAAUAUCAAUGAGCGGAAGGAUGAAAUUGAAUUCAUUCUGAAUGAGUCACAGCCCUCUCUCUCCGACAAAGCUGACCCCACAAUCAGUGAAAACCCGGCAAAUUUGUCACAGCCAAGCGAGCCCACAGAAAACAAGGAUUACAUGACAGAGACGAAAGACACAUCAGAGGAGAGCAUCACAGCGAAUAGUAAUCCUCGCUGCUCUAGUGUGGUGACACGGGAGUCCUGCGGGAACAGUGGUGUGGAAGACAUUGUGAAGCAGUUUAAAAACAAUAGUGACAGCCAAGAAUAUUCAACUACAGACGGCUCCGAGGAAGCGGAGGCAGUGAAGGGAAUCCCUGGUCAGUCUGAUGGUCAUCUGUCAUCACCAGAUCCUGCUGACAACAAUCUGGACAUUGGUGAGAAAGGAACAGAUGUGGCGAAAGCACCUCUGGAACAACACACCGUUGAUAAUCACGAAUCACAUGUCAGUGAACUGAAAGUGGAAUCCUCCGACGCUGCAGCUAAGGGGAUAAUUAUUGAUACAUCAAAACCAGAUCAUUUGAUUGGACUUUCUUCCUCUAAAAAUGCCAGCCCUAGGGAAGCGUACACUGAAGUGGACAUGUCAGUGGAGAUAGUCACCACAGAUAAACCCUGCAGUCCAAUACUGGUGGAAACUAACGCAGAGAGUGCUGGCUGCUGUUCGCCCUUUCAUGACACCCAGAGCAAUCUGUUGAUCCUCACACAGACUGAUGGCAUCAUUAAGAGCGAAUCCUGCAAGAUUACUCCUUUUAAUGAGUCAUUAAAAACUGAAACCGCUCUUGUCUUUGAGCCAAUUCAGAAACAGGAGGAGAUUUUAAACGUUCAGGACAUCAAAGAACACCUUCCUGUUGAUUUCAUGGCAAGUCAACAGAACUCACCAUGCAGAGAAGAAGUGGAAGAAAGUCACUGCAUCUUUUUAGAUGCUGCUCCGCCAGUUAGUCCUCUUCUAUCAGCCUGUCGUCCAAGACCCAUUCAGGAAUCAGACCCAGAGGACGAUUCAUGCAAGUCAAGCAAUCAAUACAAUAAUAACUCUACAGAUCAAGGCUCAGUUCAAAAUGAAAAAUCCCCUAUCGAUGGACGUGGCAACCAAAAUGUCAAAGAGGCUUUGAACAGUGAUGAAUUAAACACCACAGCAGAGGUGGAGUAUACUUUGAUAAGCCCUCCUCACCUGGACUUGGGAAUUAUAGAAUGUAAAAUCCCCAGCUCAGAAACCACCAUCUCCUCUCCACUUCCAGUGACCAACACAUCAGAGCCUCCAGAAGUGUCAGAUGGCCUUGAAAAAAGACAUCUGAUGUACGAUUUCAAGCUCAGCCCGCUCAACUACAACAGCAUCUCAGAUGAUCCUCCACAACUUAAUCAAUAUGACUACAUACCAAUAUCACCUGCCAGCAAACCUGAGGAGAAUCUAGACGUCAAGCAGAGAACCGGGGACGACUGUGAAUCAUGUGACCUGAGCGUUAACCCUGCACUGAUUUUUAACAGAACUGAAACAAACACAGCAGUAUCCCUGAGCUCGGAUACUUCAGCUAAGCUGCAGUCAUCAGAUGAACCGCUGGUCCUCCAGCCAAGUAUGAACUUCACAUGUUUUUCCCUGGGUCUCCCAGCUGAAAGCAAAAGAACAGAUUCCUCCCCUGCUAAUGUAAAAACAAAGUUGGAAGCUUUCCGUGAUCCGGUGCAACCUGUUGAGCACUUGCACAUACGCGCUGACCUCUUGAGCAAUGCAGUAACAGAGAAUUUAGACUCUCACGGGGCUUCAAUUGAGGACAGAACACUUCUUAAAAAAGACUUUUCAGAUGGUCCGCCCACUCCUAAGCCACUCAUCAUCUGUGAAACUGAAAAAAUGCCUCUUCCAACAGUCCCAUCAGAGAAGCAACCAACAACAGAGACUGGCCAGUGUUCAACAAUGCAGCAAGUACACAAAGAAACAACACAAAAGAAGACACAGAACAACGCUCAACAAGGCAAAGUGCUCUGUGAAAUCUGCUUCAUGUGUUUCAGGACCGUGCCAGGGUUAAAGAGGCAUAAGGCCAUGAAACAUUUGGUCAGAGCAGAAAAAUCCAUCGCCCAGCAGAACACAACAUCAAGCCAUCAAGGGACUAUGCUUAUUUAUGAGGCAUCCCAAACUACAGAGAAAAAACGUAAAGAUGAUUCACAGGCCUGUUACUCAACAAAAAUAGAUGGGCUCCCUGAGAUAACAAGCACUCUCCUAUCUAAAGCAGCAGAGACUGAGUCAGUCCUGGAGGAAAUUUCAACUGAGACAAGUGCAGUGGCAGCAGAUGAAAUGGGCCAUCAAAACGCUUUGCAGCCAGCAAAAGCAAAGAAGAACAACAAAGCCAGAAAGAACAAGAACAGUGAAGUAAACAUAAAGCCUGACCCUUUCUCUGAUGAGCUUCUGAACAUAUUAAAAACAGACAUACUUCAAGCUAUAACCCCUGAAUUCAAAAGCAGCGCAACACAAGAGCGCAGCAAAUCUCCUGAGGACCAGGUGAAAAUAAAUGACAGAACUGUCCCUGGAACAGAGGAAUUCCCUCACGAUGUUAUUUCAGAUCCCUCCUUUGACAGUGCAUCCCGACCUCCAGCAAAAGAGACAAAUGUACUUCGUGAGACCGUGGAGCUAAAUCAACUCGCUGACAUGGAGGAGAUUAAAUGUACAAGUAUGACAAAGAUGGCAAAUCUGGAAGUGUGUGCUGAUGAUAAUAAUGUGGAAGGUGCUAUAUCUGUAGACAAGGAGAUUAUCAGGGAGUGUGAUGAGUCCAGAACAAGUCUGUGCGAUUUGGAAGACGCGUGCGAACAGAAAGAAUCAGAAGAGAGUCUUGCCGAGGAGAUCCUUAGAAAAGUGGCAGUUGAUAUAAAGUGUGAGAAUAACAGUGGCCCUUCAGAUGAAGUAGAUCCACUCUCCUGUUUGAAUUCCUCCCCUCUCAGUCCUCACAGUAUCAGUCCCGACCUGAAGGCCUUGCUCGACGAUGACACCACAUUCUCACAGCUGUUUCCCAGAGAUGAGGAGGCGAAGAGGAAGAAGUGCCAGAGGGUGUACAGCAAAAGAAAUAAAAGGCAGAAGCUAUCACCCCACUCCAAUGUGACUCUGGACUACCUUCCUCCUGAAACUUUCAUGCCGACUAAAGACCAGUAUAUGGGAAGCCAAUCAGAUCAGCCAUUCACCGACAAUCAAGCUAACCACUGUGAAUAUGAGACAAUCUCCCUCGAUGAUGCCAUCAUGCUGAACAUGUGCCACAACAGCACAUUGAAGGCUGACGCUAAUCCCCCGUCAGAUGUUAAACAAAGUUCAGUUCAGGAGGCUGGUCAUGAGGACAUUAAAGAGCUUGACAACAACCCCUUAAAUCCACUUGAGAGCACUGUUGAUAAAUCAUCAAUUGAAUGGAGUGGCUCCAGUGACUUCAGUGGCUUUAAUGCCGGCUCAACAGUGACCUCUGACCCCAAUAAUUGUAAAUCAAAAGUGCCGACCACACCUUGUCCUCUGCCUCUACCGGCUGCCCCUUACACUCUCGAGCCAUGCGUCCAAUCCUUCCACAGCAUUGACAUCCAAAACAUCAACACCACAUUUCAGCUCCCUGAGAUUCAGUUCUUUGACUCAAAUAAAGAUAUCUCAGUAGCUCCUCCCAUCGCGACCGCCGACAUGGAGAAUAGAGACGAUGAAAAGUCAAAGAAAGUAGCAGAGCGCCGUGGCAGGAAACGACAAGAUGGAGGAAUGAAGGUCAAAGAUAAGCAGUACAAGUGCAAAGUGUGUUUCACUUGGUUCCUCACCCUAGGAGAGCUGAACUUUCACAAGCUCUCUCACAACCCCUCUCCACCUCCAACCUGCUACAUGUGUGUGCAACGCAAAUUCAGCUCCCGGGAACAACUAAGAGACCAUCUGAGGGAGAAACACGCCAAGAACAAGACCGGUAUCUGGACCUGUGGAAUGUGUUUGAAGGAGAUAUCAGAUGUGUGGAUGUACAAUGAACACUUGCGUGAGCAUGCCACUCAGUUUGCUAGGAGAGGUCAAACGCAAGGCUCUAUGUUAGGAAUUCCUGGCUGCUUUAUGCAAGAGACAGCAGUGAAGAACUUUAUCUCUUCAAUCAUGCAGCAUCGCCCCAGCAAAGCCAACAGGGACUCCAGCAGAGCCACUAAAGAACAGGGAAAAGCUGUUGCACUAGACAGCAAUGUGGGAGAUGUGAACACUGCGGAGGGAGCUGAGCCAAAACUUCUCAAAACAAAAAGCAGCAGUGGAGCAGGUGGGAAGCAGAGCACAUUAACCCCACUUGAGGUCCUGCACAAAACAGAGGCGCCUAAAAGUGUGGAGAUGCAUCCCAACUGCAAAGAUCCAUCACGAGACUGCCACCACUGUGGGAAGCAAUUCCCUAAGCCAUUCAAACUCCAGAGACAUUUAGUUGUUCACAACUUGGAACGGAUCUUUCUGUGUCACAAAUGCCCCGUCUCUUACCAGGAGGCCCAGGAGCUUAAAGACCAUCUGAAGAGAGCUCACGAGGAGGUGGAGGAGCUGGAUUCAAAACACACCACCCUUUACACAUGCGAGCUCUGCGCUGACGUCAUGCACGUGAUUAAAAAGUCCUUCAUCUGUAGCACCUGUAACUACACCUUCUCCAAGAAAGAGCAGUUUGACCGUCACAUGGAAAAGCACCUGUCAGGGGGGAAUAAAAUCUUCAAAUUCCGGGGCGUUCUUAGACCUGUCAGAGUAUCGGCGUCCAAAGACGAUGACUGUGAUUUGCCUGCGAGCAAGAAGAGGAGAAUACUCUCUGACAGUCUGCAAGAAAAUAGCUCAGAUAGCGGUAUUGCUAGUGUAAGCUCGCUGCACUUAAAUCAAAACUCCGACGUGCAUCCUUCAAAGCCUUGCGUGUCCACGGCAGACGACGCCACGCAAACCAUCACAAAAGAUUAUCACAGCGACACAAACAACACAAGUGUGAAGACUGAGGACAUCGUCGAGGACUACUCUGAGCUACUUGUGGAGCUGGAAAAAUGCAUUCACAUGGGCUCGGACUCUGCUGCACCCAAGGAAGAGGACGUUGACCUGACUUCCUCACCGAAUCUUGACAAAGAGGGUAAUGGAAAAUCAAUUACUGAGCCAUGUGACGUGAAAGAGGAGAAUGAGUCAGUCUGCAUUAGAGCAGAGACAACUUCAUGGUCAGCAUCUAAAGAGAGUAGUAGUGCGGGGGAGGAGGUGGAUAAAGUUAAGGAAAGCUGCGCUCAAGGUGACACUACUGAAAUGCAAGGAAAAACAGAUUUACUCCCACCUAGUGAGAACUGUUAUGUCAGAGAAAAUCUAAUCAUUUUAAAGACACCUGAGUCUGAAAAGCAUGAAUUAGGCAUUGAUGACCAACACAGGGACAGCGAGGAGUGGCAUCACACGUCCAAAGCCUCUAGUAAUGACAGCAAACAGCAGAUGUUACCUCACGCUGAGGAGGAAAGUAGCAAUCAGAUGAAAGUUGCCCCAGCCAAAACGACUGACAACACUAAAAACGGCACUACAGCACCUGUCCUCAAUUCCAAGCUUUCCCUCAACGCUGCAGUGUCAAACGAGGACAAGGAAUCUCCGAGACCACAGAAGAAGAGGAAGGAUGUGAAAUCCCCUCACAACCUGCAAAGGGUUUCCUCUUCGGUCACGCAGGAGAACUUUGGCGUUGACUCCAGGGCCAAAAAGAAAUUUCGCCCCAGCAAAUGCGCAAAUCCCUCGCUGCAAAGAAAGGCAGACGGACCCAACGAGUACCCCGUGCUGUCCUCGGUGCGGGACGACGUUGUGAGCAACAAAAUCGUCUCCAGGUGCAAGACUUUAAACUCCAGUUUGCAGGCAAAAAGAAGUUUGCUGGAUAGCUGUACGCAAAAGAAAGCUGAGAUUGUUGCACCUCAGAACGGGGAUUUUAAAGCCAAAAAGGGACCCCUGGGGAGAUCGUUGCAUUCUUCCAUAUCUAAAGUGUCCCCAGUUCCUAUGAACAAUACUUUAAACAAAUCCAGGCCAAAGAUGGGGGUUCGGUCUAUGGAGAGCCAUUCCUAUCGGACAGCAGAGUCACAGAACAACCUCCUAAGCCAGCUGUUUGGCCAAAAACUCACUAGCUUUAAGAUUCCUUUGAGGAAGGACACGUCAGAAUCUAUUAACUGAGGGGGGGAUGAGAGGGAUCUGUGAAUAAGAGACUGUAAAUUUUCACAGUUAUAAAUGUUUAAGACAAUUCAUUAUGGUGAAUGAGAUUGCACAGCUCUUUUCUGUGAAAUGCUAUCUUUAAAUACUUACAUAGUCACUUUAUGUCUUCUUUGUACAUGUGUUUUUAUUACACAAAUGUGAGGACGAAUGGCAGAUAUGAGUUUUGGGUCAAAAAUGAAUAUGCUAGUUGGGAAAUUCAUUGAUUUUUUUUUUUUUUUUUAACUUAGAGAUUAUAUUUCAUUUACCUAAACGGGGGAGAGAAAAAAAAGAAUACUUGAAAAUACAAAACAAUAAUUUUCUUCUAAGAAAUGCAUGUUAAUUUUGCAUUCAUGACAGAAUUCUUUUCAGUUUAAGUCUUACUACAAAAAGGACCAAAUUAUGUCGUAACUGACUCGGACUAUUGUCUGUGCACCUUUCAUACAUGCUUCCAACAUAUUCAUUUUUGUAUUAUUUUUUGAUUUUUUUUUUUUAAUUUUACUGUACUGCAUUGACAUUCAUCAUAUUAGCCUUUUGUAUAAACAAUUACCUGGUGCUACAUUGUGUUUAAUGUAAUGUGAAUGCCAAUGUCCUCGCAAGGGAACAUGAGAUCUGUAGCAAUUACAGUACAUACAUCCAACUGUUUUUACUGGUUCUCUCUUGUUUAUUAAAGAUACUGUGUAACACAUCCAAGCAAUUCAUAUGUAGGCUGAUAGAACACAAAAUUAGGAAAGCUUCCAUUGUAUAAACUCAGGUGCAUACAAGGACAUGACAGUCCCAAGACCUGUAUUUGGAGUUCUUCCCAUGCACUGAUAAUACCACACACAAAUUAAAAACUCAAUCAUCUGUGUUUGUAACUCCAAAUGUUUAAUUAUGAAUAGUAUUUACUAGAACAACAAAGGUGCUUUAUCUUGUUUAUACUGUAUGUAUCGUAUAUUGUAUAAUAUUGUAGGUAGACUAAUGUUUGCUGUAUUGCUUCAUGUCAAAGUUUUAUUUUAAUAAUGUGCAAAAUGAAUCAGAUUAAGCAGAAAGGAACAUACAGUUGCAAAGUUGCAAGUUGUAAAGUGGUUCACUAAGUGCCUCUUUUAUAGUUGGUUAUUAAAGAUCGGUAUUGGUC